UUUCACACUCAACUUGAUGUUGAAGAAGAUUCCUAUUAUUUAGUGUAACCCAACUGUACAAAACAGACAAGAAGAGGCCUUCACUCUGAACCAAAUACCAUAGUCUUCUCUUUGUCUGAGAAAAUAGUUCCCCCCAAAAAUAAAAUGAACAAGGGUCUCUCCUUUGUGCUGCUGAUUCUUCUGAUCCACUACAACAACGUUGUCAACGCCAACAACAAAAACUGUGUCACAGAGGAUUGCCUCAUCGGCAACAAUGAUUUGGAAUCAGAAUUCUACUUCGGUUCCCAUGUGGCCAGAAUGCUCUACGAUGUGAGCCAAUCUGUGUCUGGCCAAACAGGCAAUUCAAACAACAAAGCUGUUAAUUGUCCACAAAGCAAUGGCUACCGAACCUGCUUGCCUUCCAAAAACGGUGGUGGCCCUAACCAAAGUUGUGGCGAUUACACCAGGGUUUGCUAAAGAACAUGUUCCAAUCCUUGUAAUUUCAUUUCUCAUUUUUAAGGUUGUCAUAUGAUGGAGAAUCUUAUUUAUUUUAGUUUAAUUUCCCUAUGUUAUUGUCUUCUUUUUUAUAUUCAUAAGUCAGGUACAGGAAGUUUGUUUAUAACAAUCCUGUUAUUGUUAGUAUUACUGUAUGUAAUAUUUAAUGUUUUCAGUUCAUACUUUUGUUGUGGUUGUAUUGUUAUUGUGCCAUCAGUUUAUCAAAUGUGGAUAAGAAUAAUUCCAUGUGAGAUGGGAAAUAAUAAUAUAUUAUUGCCUGAAGUAAUUUCUGGAA